AUGCAUGUCAUGCUACUCUUUUGCUGGAUCCUGCUCUUGUUUAUGCCUGGUCCAGGUUUUACAGCACCUACAUUUAUUCCGGUGGAAGAGAGCACUACUUCACCAGAACCUCAGGUUGACUUGAAGCUGGCCACAGACUACCUUCAGCAGUACUACAACCUGGAAAAAGAUCCUUUGGGGCGCAUGGAGCGAAGCAAGUCCUCCUUUAUCUCCAAAGUGAAAGACAUGCAGAUGUUCUUUGGGCUCAAUGCAACAGGUGUGCUUGACUCUGAGACCCUGGAGGUAAUGAGAAGCCCCCGAUGUGGAGUAACAGAUGUGGAGGAGUACCGUCACAUCCAGGGGACACGCUGGAAUAAGAAUGUCAUCACAUACAGCAUCAGUAGAUACACCAGAGAUUUGCCUCGCAGCACUGUGGACUCUCUGAUUGGGUUAGCCUUCAGUGUCUGGGCCAAAGCCAGCAGCCUGACAUUCAUCAGGUCAAACACCCACAACGCCGACAUCAUGGUAGAGUUUGUGACCAAUGCACACGGUGACUUGUAUCCGUUUGAUGGUCCCAGUGGUACACUGGCUCACGCUUUUGGUCCAGGGAUUGGCACUGGAGGAGACACACACUUUGAUGAUGAUGAGCAAUGGACAGGAGGAGAAACAGGUUUUAAUUUGUUUGUCGUAGCAGCUCAUGAGUUUGGUCACGCUUUAGGUCUCAAGCACUCCAAAAACCCAGAGUCACUGAUGUAUCCUACGUACAAAACCUCUUGUACUGACAACCUGCUUUCCAGAGAAGAUGUAAUCAAUAUCAAUGCACUUUACAGUCCUCUCAGGGUUCAUCCAAAUUAUGCUUUGAGGAGCUUACAGACCCCCUUGCUGUUGGGACAACCGUUCCCCAGACUCAUGCACAACAAAUGUGCUCCAGACCUCACCUUUGAUGCCGUGUCAACUCUUGGGGAUGCUACCUUCUUUUUCAGAGGCAGUUAUCUUUGGAUUAAGCAUAACGUACAGUCGGACAUCAAAGAAGGUCCUAUCACCAACUUUAUGCCGAAGAUUGAAACGAGUAUCGAUGCUGCUUUCUGGGUACCUCGCAGAGCCACUGCUUACCUCAUCCAUGAAUCCAUAUUCUGGACAGUGAAAGGUUCCCUUGUGAAAGGAAAGCCCAGAGCACUCACUCACUUUGGAUUUCCACCCUGGGUCCAAGAUGUUGAUGCAGCAGUGCACAUCAGCAAAAUGGGACGCACCCUCUUCUUCAUGCAUGACAUUUACUGGAGUUACAAUCAAAACCGAAGAGUCAUGGAUUUCGGUUACCCAAGGUACAUCAGUGAGGACUUUCCCGGAGUCAACACUACAAUAAAUGCAGCUUUCCAUAAAGAGGAUUUCAUCUACUUUUUUGUGGGCCCACAAGUCUACAAAUUCGACUAUAUCCACAAGCAUAUUGUUGGAGUUGAAACAGCAAAUUCCUGGCUUGGCUGUUGAAAAUGCUGUAAUAUUUCCUAAAAAAGACCUUGAGCACAACAUGAAGGGAAACAUGCUGUAUGUCUCAGUCUUAGUUGGAAUUGAUUAAAUAAGACUCAUGACUGAUCCAACAACCGAAUUUGGUAAUACGUGUUUGUGGUCACUGAAUAUGGAAAAUAAAAUGUUCUGAGCAG